AUGGGCUGUGUAUUGGCUGAGAUCACACUGUUGGACAAUAAUAUCAUUGUCUAUAAGUUUGCCCAGGACCUUCACUUCUUUGUUACUGGAGGUGAAAAUGAAAACGAGCUCAUCUUAUCUUCUGUUCUUCAAGGCUUUUUCGAUGCUGUUGCACUUCUUCUGAGGAACAAUGUGGAAAAGAUGGAAGCCCUUGAGAACUUGGAUCUCAUCUUUCUGUGCCUUGAUGAAAUGGUCGACCAGGGGGUGGUUCUUGAAACGGACCCAAACGUCAUUGCCGGGAAAGUAGCAAUGCAGAGCACAGAAGCUAGUGGUUCACUCUCUGAACAGACAUUAACUCAAGCGAUAGCAACAGCUCGGGAGCAUCUGACAAGAAGUCUGCUUACAUGA